GCUGUGCGAGUGAACUGCCUGAGAUUUUAAGAUCGAAGACAAUAUUUGACAUCCGUUUCAACCUUUUUCAUUAUAAAUUUAAUAUUUUUGACUGUUUUUUCGUCGUUUUACGAUUUAUAUAUUUCUUUAAUUUUGAAUGUUAUUUUAAUUUUUAUUUAGAAUUUUAACCUAGUUGAUGGGCCAAUCCGUUUCUCGGCUCUUUUCCCUCCUUAAUACCUACUUACCAGCAAACCUACCUCUCAUAGGAAGACAACAACGACGAAAUGUUAACAAUCCUGGGGUUGGUGGUGUAAUUGUUGAUGAACACAUUGGCGAUGAAUUUAGCGGUAAAGGAUGUACAAGUCAAGGAGGAGGAAAUACUAGCUUUUUUGGCAAUCAUUUUCUAAUGGGCGGGGAAUUGUACGACACAUCAAAACAAGAAGUCUUUCUUUUUGGUGCUCAACAGGAUCUUGAACUACUCGAUGGUAGACCUGUAAAGUUCCCUCAUUGCCCAAAAGGUGUGACUGACUCUGUUAGUGUUCUAAAUGCUUUGAUUAAUGUCCGCAGAGAUUCUGUCAAAUUCACAAAAGUUGGAAGGUCAGGAGGUGGAUAUUCUUCUGGAUUUUACCGUUUAGAAUUUACUUUUGACUGUGAUGUCCCUUGUUAUGUGCAAAUUCAUUUUUGUUCAAGAGAAGUUGUUGACGAUUUUCAACAAAUUCAGUUUUUUUGUCGACCAAAUCAAAGAAUUGACCCUUCAGAACGUUAUCACUUCCCUGUUGGUUCAAAUCAACAAUUUAACCAUUUUAUAUUUAAACCUCAUCGUUAUGAUUUAAAAUACAUGCAUUGGGAUGGAACUUCUGCUUAUUUUCCUGUUUUGAUUGAAAUGCGUUCUGUUUCUGAUAAAUUUCAAGAACAGGUCCAAUCAACAUUAUGCUCAAUAGAACGCUCAACAGAUCAAUCAGCCGCAUUAAUUCUCAAACCUUUAAAACAAAAAUUAUUUGCGAAUGGAAUUGUUUAUUUACUUCAAGAAAUUUUUGGAAUUGAAAAUAAAGAAAAUGGUGAAAGUAGUUUAAUGGCUGAAGAAAAUGGGGCCGAAUGUAUUAUUUGUAUGGCAAAUCCACGUGAUACAAUGAUUUUGCCUUGUCGACAUUUAUGUAUUUGUAAUGGAUGUGCAGAAACUUUGAGAUAUAAAUUAAAUAAUUGCCCAAUUUGUCGUUCACCAUUCAAAGCUCUUUUAAAAAUAAGAGCGAUGAGAAGUAGUCUAAUAGGACUUGGUUCUGAUGGAAUGUCUUCUACAAUGAGAAUUAGGUUAGAACUUCAACAAAAUUUAUUUAAAAGAAAUUUUUUUAGUUUUAAUUAUUGUCUGUCCAAAACUCAAUCAUUAUUUUAA